CGUUUCGGCGAUAGCAUACUUGCGGAUUUGGCGGUAACUCUAUCAGCUCUCAAAUCGGAGCGUGGAAGCUAGUUCUCAGAGUAAACCUUGGAGUUUGUUUGCGUAUGAUCGUGUUUGACCGCAUCUUUCUAUUUCAAAGUUUUCCUGACACGGCAUAUAUGAAUAUCUUUAAAAGAAUUACUCUUUUCAGAGAAGUAUGAAGCCUGUAGCUGCAGCUGGCUAAGCUGCUAACGCUAACCUGUAAACUGCAGCUGUUGGCAGUCAUUUGGCACGCGGCUGCUUGCGUGUGCACCCAUCGCGGUGGGGAUUCGUUUCCAGAUGUUUCCAGAUGUGUGCAUGUAACGUAAAGGGAUUUACGACACGAACGUGGAAGUGCUGUGAUUUCUUUUGGUGGCUGAAAUGCCCGAGAGCGACUCUGAAAAUGACAUCUGGGAAUACAAACCUCUCCGCAAAACCAAGAGGCCGAAGAAGCGGCCGGCCUCCAGUCACUGCGCGCCGGCCAGGGGGGCGGCCCGAGGCCGUGCUUCGGGCUGCGCGGCGUCCCCUGCUGCCGUCUGCCCGAGCUGCCAGAUGCCUUUCCGCAUCCUGUUGGGCCAGUCGCCUCAGUGGCAUGUCUCCGAGUGCCUGGAAGUCAGCGGCCCGAAGGACGAAUGUCCCGAUGGCCUCAGCUGUUCCUCCACCAUUCCGAGCCACUACAGGAAGUACAGCCACUCACAGCUGGCCCACUGCCGCGCAGCUGGUGAUGAGGGCGUGGCCAGCCUGGGGGGGCUCCUGGAGGAUAUGCCCAGCACCUCUAGCCCGACCCCCUCCCCCAGCAAGCAGUCCAGGCCAGACCUGCCGGUAGCUCAUGCCUCCUCCAACGCCCUGAUGUGCCUUCGGUCCCCCACUGUAAAGGACAUCCAGAAAAAGAAGGGCUGGUCCCCGUCUGUCAGGGGUGGGAAGACAGCCUCCCGCCAGGGUGGAGAUACCUCUACUCCUUCUAAAGCCAGUAGGGUGUGUGAUGCUCCGGUGGUCACACCUUCCUCAUUGGAAUCUGCCCACCAUUCCAGUGGCAGCGAUGACAUCUCCUACUCCCCCAUCUCCUCUUUGCCCACGGACGUCGAGGUGGUGUCCUCCAGGAAAGUGCUGUUCAGCAGUGAUAUGACAGGAAUCAAGGAUGAGGACAAGGAUUCCCUGAUACAGCACGACAGUGACGAUGACCGCCUUGCUGAGCUCCUGGCCCAGCAGGAGCAGGACAGCAAAGUGUUAGCAGAGACUCACCUGCAGGACCAGGGAAGGCUCGUCAACUCAUUAACACCUGCUAAUUACUUGCCUGCUGGUACGACAGAUGCCGGGGGUUCACAUGAGUCCAAUGCUCCUGUUCUUAAUUUAAAGGAGGAAGGCAUGGUAUCUGAGGACCCUGAUUGGUGCUCUCCUCAAAGCCUGGUGUUGGAAAACCUGCGGGACCAUUUGUUGAGCAGAGCUGAGUGGAGCAGUCAGGACAACGGUGGUGAAGAAGCACUUGAGCUCCCCCAGGGACUGAACCGUAUAGGUGAUAUGGCCCCAAGAAAGACCCAGGUAAAACCAGCUUCCUCCACACUCAAGCAGACGGACAUCGGUGUUUUCUUCGGCUUGAAGCCUCUGAAGAAGGAAGAACCCAAGCCUCAGCCUGAGGUUACCCCAGCUGUUGAGAACAUUCAGCAGGUGACCCCAAUACUGGCAGGAGGACGGUGUGCUGGGGACAGGAGGAAGAGGAAAGCCUCCCAUUCUCUGGGUGAUCCGGAUGCAGCAGCCCAGGCAGCUGAGAGUGACACUGUACCUAUGGCAAAGGCCGACAGAGCCAGGAGACCCUGGAGGAAGAGGUGGGCUCGAGGAAGAGCCAGCGAGGAUGACACAGAGCGGGUGAAACGCUGCCCUUUCUACAAGAAGAUCCCAGGCACUGGCUUUGUAGUAGAUGCCUUCCAGUACGGGCUGAUAGAUGGCAUCACCUGCUACUUCCUUUCCCAUUUUCACUCUGACCACUACGGCGGACUCACAAAGCACUCCAGGCUGCCCAUCUACUGCAACAAGAUCACCGGUAACCUGGUGAAGACCAAGCUGCGGGUAGAGGAACAGUACAUUCACAUUCUCCCGAUGAACACUGAGGUCUUUGUAGAGGGUGUGCGGGUGCUGCUGCUGGAUGCCAACCACUGUCCAGGUGCAGCCAUGCUCCUGUUCCUGCUAGCCGACGGGCAGACCAUCCUGCACACGGGCGACUUCCGGGCCAACCCGUCUAUGGAACGUUACCCAGAGCUGCAAGGCUGCAGGGUGCAGACUGUAUAUCUGGACACCACGUACUGCAGUCCAGAGUAUGCCUUCCCCCCCCAACAGGAGGUCAUCACAUUUGCUGUCAAUGUGGCCUUUGAGUAUGUGACCCUGCAUCCCUGCACGCUGGUCGUGUGUGGUGCCUAUGCUGUGGGUAAGGAGAAGGUAUUCCUUGCACUGGCAGAGGUGCUCGGCUGUAAGGUUGGCAUGUCUCGGGACAAGUUCCUCACCAUGAGCUGCCUAGAGUCUGAGCAGGUCUCCCGGCUCGUCACCACGGACUGGCGCUCUGCCCGGGUUCAUGUGCUGCCCAUGGGACAGGUCAACGUCAAGGGGCUGCAGACUCACCUUAGGAAGUUCUCUGGGACCUAUAAUAAAGUUCUGGCCUUCAAGCCCACGGGCUGGACCUUCUCAAGCCAGGCUGCGGGUUUGGAAGACAUCCAGCCUGUGGUCAGGGACAACAUUACUGUCUACGAAAUCCCCUACAGCGAGCACAGUAGCUAUGUGGAGCUGAAGCGCUUCAUCCAGUGGCUGAAGCCAAAGAAGAUCAUCCCCACCGUGAACGCAGGCAGCUGGGCAAGCCGCAAGCCCAUGGAGCAGAUGUUUAGUGGCUGGAUGGCGGAGCUUGUGGCUGGUGGGGGCAGGUCUGGAACCCGAGUGGGUGGGGUUAAUCCAGAAACGGGUCAGCACUGAUGUGGGUGGAACUUAAGCUGCAGGGCGGAUCGUCAGGUAAUGACGCCCAUGUAGUGCUAGUGAAAAGGUGUGUGACACGAGGACAGCUGCUGAAUGCCUGAAUUGGCAGGAAACUGGGUCAGCUGUUUGUUUUUUAAUUGUUUCUAAUUGUGCAAGAAGUCUGAUGCUGCUGGAAUCACAACUGUAUUAAAAUGGAAUUUCCAUUAAAUUAAAUGGGUUUUGUAUGUCCUCUUAAUGUGUAGACUGUCUAACUCCUGGAACAUUAAACACAGUGAGUCUCCUGCA